AUGUCCUAUAACCAAAGUAUCACCACUGCAACUCCUGCAGUACCUUUAAACACUACUUUAGAGGAUAAGAUACAUAAUAUAACUAAUAUUAAUUAUAAACCUAUAAAAACGUAUAAACUUUUAUUUUUUAUUUUUGUUGUAAUUUACCUUAUUGUAAAAUUGUUUUCUUGUAGAUUAUUUCGAUGUGUUCAGGCACAUCACAGACGACGUAGGAAUGAUAAUUUUGAUUUAAUAUCUGUAGAUUCGGGGUAUUUUGAGAAUUUUCACGAAGAUGAACAAGAAGAAAAUGUAGAUUAA